GCGGAAGCUCGAAAGCGUAAGCCCCAAACCCUAUCAAUCCCAGAUUCCCUCUAAAUGGCGCAUUCACAACAUAACUUUACAAAAAUGAAUCUAUUUUAAACUAGCUUCGAGUGAUUCCCACUCCUCUCGCACGCUCUCUCACUCUAUGCCGGCGGCGUUUUUUUUGUCAAUUUAGUAAUUGAGGCAUUUUAUUUGCGUUAAAUUGGGACUUCCGUCCACUCAAGAGCCAGUGUCGAACCAUGGCCAGUCAUCAGACCCACGGGAUCCAACAGCUGCUGGUGGCAGAGAAAAGGGCGGCCGAAAAAGUGGCCGAGGCCAGAAAACGCAAAGUGAAGAGGAUCAAACAGGCUCGAGAUGAGGCUCAGGCGGAGAUUGAGGCCUAUCGAAAGGAGCGCGAGCGGCAGUUUCGUGAGUACGAAGCGCGUCACAUGGGGUCCAAAGAGGACGUCGCUUUGAAGAUCGACAAGGACACCGAAGUCUACUUGAAGGAAAUGGAAAAGCUUGUGGAAGACAACAAGGAUAAAGUGAUCGAAGAGCUAAUCAGCCUCUGUGUCGACAUUACACCCGUCGCCCAUCCCAACUUCUUCAUUAUGAGGGAUUUCAAUAAAAUUUGAGCUUCGUUGCUCAUCUUUAUUAGCCUAGUUUUAGCCCUAUAACGCCAAUAAACAACGCUUUUUUUUCUUAAAA